GCAGGAUCAGUGCCCACGCUGCUGGAUGUGUUCUCCUCGCCGGACUUGGGUAACGAUUACAACAGACAGGAGAAAUAUUGCCAGGUGACCUAUAAUCAGCUCCGCGGAGCAGGUUAAUGAUUACACAGGCGGGAACAGGCCCUUUAAAGGCACGGUGUCAGGAGGAAAUUUGCAAUACCUCAGGCACAGCGCCGGGUGUCUGCUUGCUCUCCGCUGGAUUUUCUCGCUUUUUCACUUUCUCACACUCUGGCUCACACCCUCUCCUGGAAGGACUCAGCGAUUUCCCGCAGCACAUGGCUAAGCUGGUGGAGUGUGUUCCCAACUUCUCUGAGGGCCGGAGGAAAGAGGUGAUAGAUGCCAUUGCAGAUGCCAUCUCCAAAACAGACGGGUGCAGUCUGCUGGAUGUGGACCCUGGGGCCUCCACCAACCGUACUGUUUACACCUUCGUGGGCUCCCCACAGGCAGUGGUAGAGGGAGCUCUUAGCGCUGCCCGCACCGCCUUCCAGCUCAUUGAUAUGGCCACACACUCGGGGGAACACCCAAGGAUGGGCGCCAUGGAUGUAUGCCCAUUCAUCCCUGUACAGAACGUGACUAUGGAGGAGUGUGUGGCCUGCGCCAACCUCUUUGCAGAGCGGCUGUCCGACACGCUGCAAGUGCCCGUGUAUCUGUACGGUGAGGCUGCUCGCAAGGAGAACAGGAGAUCUCUGCCUUCCAUUCGAGCAGGAGAGUAUGAAGCAUUGGCUGAGAAGUUGAAAAAGGCAGAAUGGGCACCCGACUACGGCCCCGCCACUUUCGUACCCUCCUGGGGGGCUACGGUGACGGGCGCUCGUAAGUUCCUGAUCGCGUACAACGUCAACCUGCUGAGCACCAAGGAACAGGCCCAUCGGAUCGCCCUGGACAUCCGAGAGCAGGGCAGAGGCAAGGACCAGCCAGGUCUCUUGAAGAAGGUGCAAGGGAUGGGCUGGUACCUGGAGGAGGCCAAUCUGGCCCAGGUGUCCACCAACAUCCUGGACUUCGAGCUGACGCCUGUCCACACAGUCUACGAGGAGGUCUGCAGGGACGCAAAGGAUCUGAACCUACCCGUGGUGGGGUCUCAAAUUGUGGGCCUGAUCCCGCUGAAAGCCAUGCUGGAUAGUGCAGACUUCUACAUCCAGAGGGAUGGGCUGUUUGUGCUGGAGGAGGAGCAUAAAGUGCGACUGGUGAUCAGCAAGCUGGGAUUGGAUUCACUGGGGCCUUUUGUUCCUAAGGAGAGAAUAAUUGAGUACAUGGUGAAGGACACACAGGAGGACAAGGGCCUGGUGUCUCUGUCCCUGCAGCAGUUUGUCCGCAGCGUGGGGGCCAGGACCCCUGCACCGGGGGGAGGAUCAGUGUCUGCCGCUGUAGCCGCAAUGGGGGCAGCACUGGGGGCCAUGGUAGGACAGAUGACCUACGGGAAGAAGCAGUUUGAGAGCCUGGAUAGCGUCAUGAGAAGGCUCAUCCCACCCCUUCACGAGGCCAUGAACGAGCUGCUGGUUAUGGUGGACGACGACUCCAAGGCCUUCAACCACUACAUGGCAGCCCUCAAAAUGCCAAAAAACACAACGGAUGAGGUCAAGAGGAGGGAGGCGGCCAUGCAGGAGGGUCUAAUGAAAGCGGUGGGCGUUCCCCUGUCCCUGGCUGAGAGGGUCAAUCUUCUGUGGCCUUGUCUGAAGGAGAUGGUGCUUUACGGAAACGUGGCCUGCAAGUCCGACCUCCAGGUGGCAGCGAAAGCUCUGGAAACUUCUGUGUUUGGUGCCUACUACAAUGUUGUGAUCAACCUCAAAGACAUCACAGAUGAGUCCUUCAAAGCAACUACCCAACAGAGGGCCUCUGCUCUCCUGCAGGAGGCCCAGCAAAGUGCAGCCGGAGUGCUGGAGGCUGCUGAGAGGAGAGAAUGAAAAGCCAGCCAAUGCUGCACCUGCAGCCCAAGCUUCAAAUGGAGCCUUUGCAACCAUUGCAGCGUCAAGGAACAAAAUAAACAUCAUUCACAGAAAACAGCUGUCUCUACAAUUCUUUCAGAGAAUUUUUAUGAUCAAAACUUGAUACUGUAGGUGUGUUUUAACACCAGAACACAACACA